AUCACGGAACUGAAGUGUUUGUUCCUACCCGAGUUACAAAAAGUAAUGCACCUUAAAUGCCAGUGUUUUCAGCGUUAUUCAGUAGCAUUUAGCUGUUCUUUACUAAUGGACUGACAUCAGCUAGCAGAGAUGCUGCUUAAGGAUCUUCCCAAAGAGGCCCUGAUGCGGCCGUUGUCCAGGAAUGAAGUGGUGGGCAUGUUGUUGAGGUUGACCAUCUUUGGCGCAGCAACCUACUACAGCAUCAAAUGGGUUGUAGAUGCUAUGGACCCUACCUCCAAACAGAAAAACCAAGCCAAGAAAAGGGCAGAACAACUGAUGAAGAGGAUUGGCAUUGAGGGCGUCAAACUAACAGAGUACGAGAUGAACAUUGCAGUUCAUCUAGUUGAUCCUCAAACUAUGAAGGUGUCCUGGAGAGAUAUAGCAGGUCUGGAUGAGAUUAUCAAUGAGCUGCAAGACACAGUCAUCCUGCCCUUUCAGAAAAGACACCUUUUGGCUGGAUCCAAACUCUUUCAGCCUCCUAAAGGUGUUUUAUUGUUUGGUCCUCCGGGAUGUGGGAAGACCAUGAUCGCCAAGGCGACAGCCAAAGCCUCGGGCUGCAAGUUUAUCAACCUUCAGGCAUCCACACUGACCGACAUGUGGUACGGCGAAUCACAGAAGCUGACUGCUGCUGUCUUCUCAUUGGCUGUCAAAAUCCAGCCCUGUAUCAUCUUCAUUGAUGAGAUGGAGUCAUUCCUGAGGAACCGUUCCAGCCUGGACCAUGAGGCAACAGCCAUGAUGAAGGCCCAGUUCAUGAGCCUGUGGGAUGGCCUGGAUACUUCCUCAACCACCCAGGUGAUGGUGAUGGGAGCCACAAACAGGCCACAGGAUGUUGAUCCAGCCAUCCUGCGCAGGAUGCCUACCACUUUUCAUGUUGGCCUGCCGAACACAAGACAAAGACAGGACAUCCUGAGGCUGAUCUUAGCAGGAGAAAAUCUGAGCAAUGCCAUUAAUCUAAAGGAGAUAGCUGAGAAGACAGAGGGUUACUCAGGCAGUGAUCUCCGGGAGCUUUGCCGCGAUGCUGCCAUGUAUAGAGUCCGGGACUACGUCCGCAAGGAACAGAUGAGGCAGAUCGCUCAGCAGCUACAGGACUGCGAGGAGGAGGAAAAACCUGUGGAUGAGGACCGGUUGCGGCCAGUCACCCAGUUGGACCUCCUUUUCGGCUUGGACAAGAUGAAGGAAUCUAAACAAGCCACCGUCUACAUGUUGCCCAUUGUGUCAGAGGUACCCCUGGACUAAACAACACUGCACCACAGCGAGAAAUGUUUUCAUCUCGCUUUUGUCCGCAGUGUGUUCCAGCUCACCAACAGAGGCUCCUCUAAUAUGUCAGAGGUGCAGUUGAAAAAGCCAGAGAGCAGCCAUACAUUUCUCAAUGUUUAUUUAUCCAAGCAGGGAUUGUUCUGAGCAUGCUCCCUUUCAGCACAACCCUGUCACAUAUGUACGGUUACAAUACAUUCAGAAAUCUAAUGUCCUACUGGCCACUGACGUUGAGUCAAUCCGCUUUGUGCAUGAAAUGUGCGUACAAGUUUGAAAUCAAGUUAAUAACUUUGUUAGCAAUCAUCAACACUUGUUCUUAGGUAAGAUCAAAAUAAAAAAAUGCAGUAUGCAAUACUGAUAGCUAAUAUUUAAAAUAGUUACUGCAGUACAAAUUCAAAAUACUGGAGAGAGUCAUCUCCCCCGCACUUUCCUCCCCAGACUUGAAGUUCAAGGAGGUUGCCAGGCUGAGACCGCAGCAUCCACAACAAUGUUGCUAGACAUUUGUCUCACAUAACCAGACGUUACUUCACAGCACAGUGAAGUCGCCAACGUUAGAUGCUGGCAAUAU